CACCGAAAUCGGCAGGGUAAGGUAACAUCACUGAUCAUUUCUGGUUUGUUCAAAGGGUUCAUUCACUCACCGCUGGACAAAAAUCCAAUCUUGGCAAUAAUUGACUUGGAGCGAAUCUUCCAGUGUAGAAAUCUCGGCAGGCUGCCUUUUGUGGCUGUCAAUUGGCACUUCUUAUUCCCUUCGUUUUUAUCCAUUGGCGUCCGGGUUGGGAAUUUUUUAAGUUUUCUUUUAUUACAUUUUAUGCGACAAAGCGUGGGGCAGCAGAUCUGGCUCUCUGAAUUUGGUUUGCUCAUUCAGACAGGCUCCAUAGCUACCUACCUAGGUAGCGUUACAUACAUACCUACGCCUGGCAGUCUUCCAAUCGCGUUUCUUCCUGACACGCGCUAUAACCUCCUGUCAAAUUUGGGGACUUCUAGGACUGGGCUGUAUUCCUGUCGCCAUGUCGGCCUCACUACCGGGAAACAGGGAACUUCCAGGCUCUCAGUAUGAUCUAAACACAUACUGGGGCCGCGUUCGCCAUGCGGCUGGCAUAACGGAUCCGAGGACUCUGUUUGUCGGAAAAUCUGGCCUGGAGCAGGCCAAACAGGCUCUGAUAUCAUACAAGCAGGGAAGUGUCAAAGAGAUGACACCUGAGCUGUGGAAGGCAAAGAAGAUUGUGGACUCGACACUUCACCCAGAUAAUGGCGAGCCGGUUUUCCUCCCCUUCCGCAUGUCGUGCUAUGUUCUGUCGAACUUGGUUGUUACAGCUGGAAUGCUGCAACCAGGUCUCAGUACCACGGGAACAGUUGCCUGGCAAGUAGUUAACCAGUCUCUCAACGUCGCUGUCAACAGCGCCAACGCCAACAAGUCCUCCCCUCUUACCUUUUCCAAGCUGGCGCAAUCUUACUUUCUCGCAGUAGGAGCCUCAUGCUCUGUUGCAGUCGGGCUCAACAGCCUUGUCCCGCGCUUGACCUCGCUCAAGCCCUCCACGCGCCUCGUGCUUAGCCGUCUGGUCCCCUUCGCUGCCGUGGCCUCGGCCGGUGCACUGAAUGUCUUCCUCAUGCGAAGUGAGGAGAUUCGCCGGGGUAUUGACGUGUUCCCUGUGCUUUCAGAGGCGGACAAGGCCAGGUUGGCGGCCGAGGGCAAGGCCGAGAGCGAGGUUCAGAGCCUGGGCAAGAGCAAGGUCGCGGCCAAACUGGCGGUCGGCGAGACGGCGUUGUCAAGGGUGCUGAACGGCUCCCCCAUCAUGGUAAUCCCACCGCUGGUGCUAGUGCGGCUGCAAAAGACCGAGUGGCUCAAGAGGAGCCCAAGGUUGACGUUGCCUAUCAAUCUGGGGCUCAUCUUGGCAACCAGUUACGCGGUACUCCCGCUUGCGCUGGCAGCUUUCCCGCAGAGACAGAAGAUCUCGGCUGAGAGACUUGAGGAGGAGUUCCACGGGCGUGGAGGAGAGGGCGGUAUGGUCGUGUUUACGAGGGGAUUGUAGUUGGGGACCACCGCCUCUUUGUCCGAUGGACUUGACGCUGCCACCCACCGCCUCUUUCUGGGCUUGACUGAGUUUCCGCUUACCUCACCUACCCUGAACCUACCACAACCUAGACACUGCUAUCCCCUAGAUUGCUGAGUUAUUUAUGUUAGCCUUGUAGACUUUGGCGCAUUGCUAGUUGGUUGCGUACAUGGUGCGUACUGAAUAAACUAUAGAUGGGACGCAACUGAAGCAGUUUUUGUACUCAAAUCAACGGUCAAUAGCUUGAAGUCCGAGCAGUUUGCUAGGCGAGUCGUGCA